AUGAUGGGAGUGGAAGAAGAAGGUGGAAGAGAGAAGGAUUACACCCAAGAUGGCACAGUGGACCUCAAUGGCAAACCAGUUUUAAGAUCAAAUACUGGAAGGUGGAGAGCUUGUUCCUUCAUUGUAGGGUACGAAAUGAUUGAAAGAAUGGCAUACUAUGGGAUAGCAUCAAAUCUAGUAUUGUAUCUAACAAAGAAGCUUCAUGAGGGCACUGUCAAAUCUUCAAAUCACGUGACCAACUGGGCUGGUGCAGUCUGGAUCAUGCCAGCUGCCGGAGCUUACAUAGCCGAUGCAUAUCUUGGCCGAUAUUGGACUUUUGUUAUAGCAUCAGCCAUUUACCUUCUGGGGAUGUGUAUGUUGACGCUAGCAGUGUCGCUACCAGGAUUGAGGCCACCAGCAUGUGCUCCAGGAGUUGCAGACCAAGAUUGCCCACAAGCAUCCUCAUUGCAAGUGGGAAUUUUCUUCGUUGCCUUGUACAUCAUUGCAGCAGGAACAGGGGGGACCAAGCCCAACAUUUCUACAAUGGGAGCAGACCAAUUUGACGAGUUUGAACCAAAAGAGAGGUCCCGAAAGCUUUCCUUCUACAAUUGGUGGGUGUUCUAUAUUCUAAUUGGAACCAUUUCAGCCCAAACUCUCUUGGUUUACAUACAAGACAGAGUUGGUUUUGGCCUUGGCUACGGGAUCCCAACCGUUGCUCUAGCCGUUUCAAUAUUCAUGUUUCUGCUAGGAACUCCUCUUUAUAGGCAUAGAUUACCCUCUGGCAGCCCUUUAACCAGAAUGGUCCAGGUACUUGUGUCUGCAGUGAGGAAGUGGAAGGUACAUGUUCCAGAUGAUUUAAAUCAGCUACAUGAGCUCAGCAUGGAAGAGUAUUAUGCAAGUAAAGGGAGAACGAGAAUUUAUCACAGUUCUUCAUUAAGAUUCCUAGACAAAGCUGCAGUGAAGACAGGCGAAACAUCACCAUGGAUGCUUUGUACUGUGACUCAAAUUGAGGAAACCAAGCAAAUGAUGAAAAUGGUUCCUAUUUUGAUCACUACGUGCAUUCCAAGCACCGUAAUAGCUCAAACCACCACACUCUUCAUCAGACAAGGCACCACACUAGACAGGAGAAUGGGACCCCAUUUUGAAAUCCCUCCAGCAUGUCUUAUAGCUUUUGUGAACAUCUUCAUGCUGAUAAGCGUUGUGAUCUAUGACCGUCUUUUCGUUCCGGCAAUCCGGCACUACACCAAGAACCCCAGAGGGAUCUCCUUGCUGCAGAGACUUGGAAUUGGACUUGUGCUACAUGUUAUCAUUAUGCUCACUGCAUGCUUUGUUGAGAGGAAGAGACUCAGUGUGGCAAGAGAAAAGAACCUUUUAGGCCAGCUUGAUAAAAUUCCUCUAACCAUUUUCAUCCUCCUCCCUCAGUUUGCUUUUACAGGAAUUGCUGACACCUUUGUUGAUGUUGCCAAGUUAGAGUUCUUCUAUGAUCAAGCACCAGAAGCCAUGAAAAGUUUGGGAACCUCAUAUUUCACAACCACCUUGAGCAUUGGAAAUUUUCUUAAUAGUUUUCUGCUUUCAACUGUCGCUGAUCUCACCCGCAAACAUGGUCACAAGAGUUGGAUUUUGGAUAAUCUAAAUGCUUCCCGUUUAGAUUAUUAUUAUGCAUUCUUGGCUCUUCUCAGCGCUAUCAAUUUCUUUUGCUUUGUGGCUGUUGCCAAAUUGUACGUCUAUAAUGUUGAUCAAACACAAAUCAACAAGGACUUGGAUAUGAACACUACUUCACCUCAAGCCAAUACUGAAAUAGGCCAAAGUACCACAACCAGAUAACUGAAGGAAUAAGGUGAGGAAACAAAGUGCGUGGUAGACUAGCAUUUGUUAUCAAUUACUUUCAUGA